CUGAGUCACAAGCAACAGCGGAGUUGCUUUGGAGGACAACUGCACACACCACAGCAGCGCAGCGGGUCGUGUGUGUGUGACUGCGUGUCAGCUCCACUCGCAGCGCGUCCACGUCCGUCCACAGACCAGCCAUCCAUCAAAGAAGUGUUAUAGAUCACCCUUCGACGCGCUACCUCGCUUCACCAUGUCCUCGUCAUCCUCUGAAGGCGAGGAAGAGGACUUUGGCCAGCAGGUGUCCCUCACAGGCCAGAUCAGGCAAAUCCUGUGCGACUAUCCUGAAGGCACCAGUGUCAUCAAAGAGCUCAUCCAAAACGCCGACGAUGCUGAAGCCACAUGCGUGCGGAUCGCGUUGGAUAAGAGGCAGUUUGGAACCGAGAAGCUGCGGUUCCCAGACACAGGCAAGUUCCAAGGGCCAGCCCUCCUCUGCUACAACGACUCGGUCUUCUCAGACGAAGAUUUCACAAGCAUCAAGAACAUCUGCCGCAGCAGCAAGCAGGCCGACACGACCAAAGUUGGCCGCUUUGGGCUCGGCUUCAACUCUGUGUAUCACAUCACAGACCUGCCGUCCUUCGUCAGCCGCAACUAUUACGUUGUCUUCGACCCCCACAAAUCCUCUCUCGGCACGGAGGGGCGCAGAGUGAAGUUCACGUCCAAGCAUGAGCGCGACGGCAAGUACGAGGACACAUGGGCGACAAUGCGCGCCUUUGGAUGCACCAUGACUGCGGACUUCAAAGGAACCCUGUUCCGCCUUCCCCUGCGCACAGCAGCGAGCGAGCUGUCGUCGUCCUGCCACACCAUCGACUCCAUGCUCUCGCUGCUCGACACCCUGGCCGCGGAGGCGCCGCACAUGCUACUGUUUCUCCGACACGUGCGAGAGCUGCACGUGUCCAUCAUCACAGAAGCUGGGGAUCAGGUGCCCCUGUACAACUGCAGCGUUGACGGGCGCCCGCUGCCCAUUCCACCGCACACCAAAGCUGCCAGGUCACUCGUCGACAGCCGGCGCCUCAUGUCCACCAUCCCGUCCCCGCUCCCCUCGGACGCAGCCGCUGCCGCCACCUUGAGGGCUGCCCUGCUGGCACACGUGCGGUUUGAGUGGACGGACGAGCGCUAUGACGACAAGGCAGGACGGGCCGUGACCACGUGCCAUCUGGUGGUGCAGGGUCUUGGUACUGGUGAGUCGCUCGACCUUGCAAAUUCACCAAACAACAGCGUCAACGCAUCGCUGGUGCCGUUUGCUGGCGUUGCUCUCCGCCUCACAAGCGGCCAUGGCGAUGAUGAUGAUGAUGAUGAUUGUGGGAAAGGUGGCGGUAAUGGUGGUCGCGGUGAUGCUAGUGAUGAUGAUGGCACGAAGAUGGCCGCAAUCACGAAGAAGAAGAAGCAGCAGCGGGGGUGGUUCCGGUCCAGCAGCACCAGCACAUCCAUGGAGGAAGUGAUACGGCUCCUCGCACAUCCAUGCGCGAGCAAUGGUCAUGCCUAUGUGUUUCUCCCUCUGCCCGUCGCCACCUCGCUUCCCAUCCACGUGAACGGCUUCUUCCAGAUUUCGUCCAACCGCCGUGAGAUCUUCUAUGGCGAGGGCCUCACAGGCGGCGCCCUCGACAAAGCAGAGUGGAACCGGGUGCUGCUUGAGGACGGCGUGUGCUCGCUGUUCCUGGACGCGCUGGCCAUCAUUGCCACUGCGCUGCCGCCGACCAGCACCACCUUCAGUCGCACUCGCUACUUCAGCGUCUGGCCCAACACGCACGCCCUCAAGCCGCCGUGGUCGCUGCUUGCACAGCGCGUGUACACGCAGGCUGCACAGCGCACACUCUUACCAACGGCCACCAAAUGGGCGCAGUUGCACAGGGACGAGGUUGUGCUGUUCACGCCGUCACCUACAUCGCCAGCAGACGCAAUGCUCACGUCGCUGCUGACUCGCGCGUUCCCAGACAACAUCUGCAUUGUUCCCGAACAUGUGCGUGACGGUCUCGUGCAUGCAAGCACGGCGAGUGGUGACGCCGACGCUGCCGCUGUUGUAUUGGAUCCGCGGCAUCUGCGCACGCUGCUGCAACAGCACGCCAUUCAACCGCCGCCUGCACCACAUGAAGCCCACGCCCUGCUCACGUUUCUGCUGCGCCAAGCCACGUGGGGCGUUCGCGACAUUGCCAAUCUGCCCAUCUUCCCGCUCACAACCGGCACCGUUGCCGCUGUGGACCCAGGACACAGGCAGCAAUGGUCAACGCACGAGCGCAUCAUCCUGCUGUCCCCACAACAGCACCACACUCUCUUGGGAACGCCGCUUAGCAACAGCACAAGCAGUGGCGAUGUACAUGAGCAUGUGCAUGAGCAUCAGCAUGAGCAGCAGCAGCCUCACCACCCGCAGUCUGUAGCUCAAGGGUCCGUUGCGAGUGGUGCCACGACUGCCACACUGCAGGCACCAGCGCAGUCGUCAUCCGCCGUGGCCAUUGUGCAUGCCAUUGUGAGCAGAGACAGUGAUCUGUUUGCUCGACUGAAGACAGACACCGCGGUUGCAUGUGGUGAAUGCCAGUUGUCGCUGUUGACGCUUGAAUCAGCAGCCGCCAUCAUCAGCGACGUGCUGCAUCAUCGCACGCCCAACUCUUCCCUGCCCGUUCUUCUGUCGAAUGACCGCCAUGAUCAUCACCGUGAGGAUGUUGAUAGCAAUGGCGAUGAUGAUGAUGAUGAUGAUGAUGACGAGGAUGACGAUACCAAUGUCGAGAAGAAUGACAGUCAGGACGGUGACAGCGAUGGCGAUGAGGACGAGGAUGACGACGCGGAAUCUGCUGCUUCCUGGUUGGCCAACGUGUGGCGUCUGUUGCUUGACCUCACCGACGCUGCCGAUCAGGAGACCAACGGCACAAACGCUAGGAGUCACGCACAUCACCACCACCGCCACCACCGCCAUCAUCAACAGCGUGGUCCAGAGGCAGCAGCGGCUGUCGUUCGCGUCGCAGGCCACCUCAGCCUCAUUUUGGACGACGAGGGGAAGGUGGUCACGCCAAACGACACAGCACCCCGUGUGUUCUCCACUUUCAACGGGCUGCACGAUGCGUUGGUGAAGGCACUGCGCGCUGCCGGAUGCAGCUGUCUGCACCCGCACCUUCAACCCCUCUUCCCGGCUGACGUUGCUGCCCGCGUCCCUUGCCUCGUCCCUCCCACCGCCAACGGCGUUGUUGCUGCGCUUGCAUCCACCAUCGCCGUGUCCCCCAAUCAACCGUCGUCACCACAACCGCCAAGGCUCACGCCGCACGAUCGCAGCGUGAUUGUGUCUUUCCUCGGAUCGGCAUCUGCACUGGAACCAGCCAGCCUUGCGAGUCUCAGGCGCUUGCCGCUGUUUCACUUUGUGGAGCAGAAAGCAGCAAUGCACCGUGCAGCCUGUGCUGGCGAUGGUAACGCAGGUGGAGACGAUGAUGCGGGUGAGGAUGUGGAUGACAGUGAUGCAACCGACGAUGACAGUGGCGGUGAUGGUGAGUGUGAUGGCGACGACAACAGCAAGCCGGUGGCUCUGUGUGAGCUCCCAUCGUCAUCAUCAUCAUCAUCAACAGCAGCAACAGCAUCAUCAUCAUCAUCAGCAGCAGCAGCAGCACGUGGUAACAGCGCAGGAGCGGCGAGCACCGCCGUCGAUGAUGCUGGCGGCGUUAGCAUCUUACCAGAGAGUGUGAUGGACGACCGCGGUGUGCUGGAGACCGUUCUUCCUGUGCUAAAGCGGCGCCGUUACUUGCACGCACAGCGACGGGAGACACGAUGCCUGCUUCACCGCAUGCUACAGGUGCCUGAAACGCCCAUCCAUGCCUUGCUGCUGCAUGACACACUGGACUUUCUCUCCAGCGAGCAGCAGCCAUCUAGUGGCAAGGCUUCGGCCAGCAGCAGCCUGCAACAGCAGCUGCUUGACACGGCUGCGCGCGCCUGUGCGACGCUGCUCGGUCUCGUCGAGCCCAAACUGUCUGCCAACGCCAACGCCAGCAUCGGCAGCAGGCUGAUGGUGUCUGCAUUCGUGCCGACAAACAGCGGCCGGUUGCAGACGCCGCGUGAUUUGUAUGAUCCCGAGGUCGACGCGUUGCCAGACCUGAUUGACACCGCCCAAUUCAUGCCGCACGCCAUUGUGGCAGCGAACCCGCACGCCAUGCGCGUGCUGCGGCGAUACCUUGGCCUCCAGAAGCAGUUCACCCCAGCUGGCAUCAUCAAGAUUGUGCACUCGCUUGCCCACCCGAGCACAGACGACCCUGCUUCUAGCACCGCGUCAUCAUCCCCUGAACAGCAGCAGCGGUGGGAGCUGUCCAUCAAGCUGGCAAGAUACAUUGAUCAGCAGUGGGCAACCCUGUUUCCGAAGAAAGAUACGUUUGUGUGCAAGUUUAAGCGGUUCGUGAGUGGUGGGCUGCCGUCAGCAACGACGUCGUCAUCAUCGACCGCAGGACAGCGCGCAGUGACCAAGGACGAGUUCUGCAGCAUCCUACGCAACGAGCCUUGGAUGGCGGCUGUUGUUCCCUGGCAUGCGCAUGAGGACAGCCAUGGUGGUGGCGACGUGCACAACCGCGACGACGACGACGACGACGACGACGACGACGACGACGACGACGAGAGUUCUGGCGCAGGAAUGGCAGAUGCGUCUGCACUCGACAGUACAGAGGCCAGUGCAAACCCAUACACGCGUCUGGGUGUUCCUAUGCCCGCCGUGUUCAGAGCAACUGCGGGUGGCGCCAAGGAAGGGUGCAACGACCAAUCCAGCGGUGAUGAUGAAGACCAAGAGAACAGUGGCGCGAGCGCCACCACCAUCACCACCACCACCACCACCACCACCACCACCACUACCACGCCUCAACAGCUGUUUCGGCCAGUUGAUCUCUGUGAUGAAUCCGUGCUGCCGCUUGUGUCGCACCGCCGACCCUGUGCCGCCGUGCAGCUGUCAAACCCAACGGUGCUGGACACGCUUGGCCUGCAAACAGUCACUCCCGACGACGUGGCGGAGCAGUUGCUUGCAUACAGCACUGUGCUUGGUGAACACCGCCGACAACUUGCACAGCAACCACAGCAACAUCAGCAGCCAGAGAAAGGCCAACAAGAGCGGGAGCAAGAACAAGAACAGCAAAAUCAGCAGCAAGAGCCCCAGCGAGAGCAGGAGCAACACGCUGAUGGCACCGAUGUGCGCGACGGAUCAACAGCUGCGGCUGAAGUUCAGUGGAGUGUGCAAGCAAUGACGACUUGCAUCAACAAUCACUGUGGUCACAUGUAUGAGGUGCUGAACAAUGACAUUGCCGCCAAGGCACCAACGACGCAUUCGCCGCCGUGGUUGACAAAGCUGCUGGGGCGACGCGUCGUGUGGUGCGGAACUCGCUUCAUGCCACCAACCAAGGUGGCCAUGGCGUGUUCGUACGACUUGGCGCCUUACCUCGCUGUCGUGCCCUUUCAAUUGUGCCGCUAUCAGCGUCUCCUGGAUUCGUUGGGCGUCAAAGCGGAGUUUGAUACAGCCACGUUUGUGGAGUACCUUCAGGAUGUCUGGCGCCGGCAGCACAACAGGCCAGACAACGCACACCUUGCAGAUGAAGUGAAGCAACUUGCACGUGACGGAGAUGACCAGCACGAUGGCGAUGAUGACAGUGAUGACAGUGCCAGCGAAGAGGACGAUGAAGACGAUGCCGGAGGCAUUGCGCGUGAUCGUGGCGUGCAGCGCGCUGGUGCCGGCGCUUUGGUGUCACACAGCGUGCAGCCGUUGUCCCCGCAAACGUUGGAGGCGGUGUGCUACGUGCUCCUUCACAUUUCCAAAGUGCGUGACGUGGGCAGCGACUUUUGCGUCGCGGUGCCAGACGACCGUGCUGUGAUGACAGCAGCCAGCCAGCUCGUCUACAACGACAGCGUCUACAGCCACAACCCAUCCGCCUCGUCUCGAGUCGCAGCACUCGCGACGCCAACAACACCAGCAACAACCCCACCCACCGCUUCAGGAUUUGACGUGCAAGAGGUUCAUCCCAACAUCUCCAACACAGUGGCGGCGGUCGUGGGCGUUCGAUCCCUCAUGUCCUCCGUGCUGGGGAACGACACCUUCACGCCGUACGGGCAGGUGGAGAAGCUGACGGCCCGCCUGCGCAACCUGGUGACCAACUACCCGGACGGCCCCGCCAUCUUCAAGGAGCUGCUGCAGAACGCCGACGAUGCAGGCGCCACCACCAUGACCAUCGUCUAUUCGCGGCGGCAAUACGGCAGCCAGUCGCUCUUCAGCACGGAGAUGGGCAGGUGGCAAGGCCCUGCGCUGUACGUGUACAACGAUGCGCUGUUUCGGGACCGCGACUUUGAAAACCUGGCCAAUCUGGCGCAGAGCAAGAAGAAGGACGACCCGGCCACCACGGGGCGCUUCGGCGUCGGCUUCAACUCCAUCUACCACUUCACAGACGUGCCCUUCAUCCUCAGCGGCGACGACUUUGUCAUUCUUGACCCGCACAAGCGCUACCUCCCACCAGCCAUCACCGUGCUUGGGCCGGGCACAAAGAUGCGGCUCAAGGGCCGCCCCCUUGUGCAGCGCAACUUUGCCGACCAGUUUGCGCCGUUUGCUGGGCGCCACGAUGCUGGUGCGGAUCUGUCCAGACAGCGGUUCAGGGGGACCCUGUUCCGGUUUCCGCUGCGCACAGCUGAAGCAGCAGCCGCGAGCGACAUCAAGAAGACGCCGUACACACACGAAGAUGUGAUGAAGCUUCUUGGCGCGUUCCAAGAGCACGUGCGCGACAUGCUGCUGUUCAUGAACGGGCUGAAGGAGGUGACCGUGUUGCUUGAAGACGCUAGCGGCAACCAGACGCAGCUCUACAGCGCUGCCGUCACGGCCGAGACCAUUGUGCGCGGCCCAGCUGAUCUGGUUCAGCCAACGUUGUCCACAGCAACGCACCAAGAUGCAGGCAGCGUGGAAGACGGGCACGGCGCAGGCGUUGUGCCGGCAACCACCUGUGCUGCGCUCUCUGGCGAGCGCUUGAUGGAGAUGACAUGGGCCCAGAUGAAGGCGAGUGCGCGCGCAGACAACAUUGCUUUGCCGGAGUUUCUCACCCGCCUUGAAUCCUGCACCGACCGCUGCUGCGUGCUGACGCGGCGCAUCCAGCUGCGGGUUGGCGAUGGCGACCAAGACAAUGGCGCUGCUCGAGGGCAAGCUGGUGCCCGUGCUGGUGGUGGUGCCGACGACGAAAGUGAAGCCGCAUCCGACUUGCAACACCUGCGUGACAUCACGUGGUUGGUGGUUGGCACGGUGGGUGAUGGCCGCGCUUUGCAGCGUGCGCGCGAGAGUGACCUCAAGCUCAUACCCUGGGCGAGUGUGGCCACACCACUCUCUGUGCUGUUGCAGGCUGCUCAAGUGCCAGAGCAUCACACCCAAGGUGGAGGUGGUGGUGGUGGCGGUGCCGACGACGGCGACGAUGGCACAGGCAGCAGUCAUGAUGCUUCCGCUGCCGCAAUGUUGUGGUUGGCGCCUGGCUAUGGGCAGGAGCAUGCGGUGGUGGGGAAGCUGUUUGUGACGCUGCCGCUUCCGGUGUACACACCGCUACCCGUGAACAUCAACGGGAUGUUUGAAAUUUCGGACAACCGCCGCGACCUUUGGUCUGGACGCGACGUCACUGGCGACGGGCGCCAGCGAGUGGAGUGGAAUGAGGAGCUGCUGCGGGACACGUGUGCAUCUGCGUACGUCCGGCUGAUGCAAGUGGCGUUUGCGGCGCUCCAGUGCAAUCUCCACUUGACCAUCUCCAGUGGUGGUGCGGCUCAGCAGGCACUGCAGGACCGAAACACAGCCCUGACGCGCGUGUACUUCACCCUGUUCCCUCCGCACAAGCCAGAGCCCAUGUGGGCCAAGCUCACCGCGUGCGUGCACGAAGCAAUGGCCACCAAUGCGCUCCUUCCCGUGCUGGAUCACCGCGGUGCUGAAGGCAACAACACCGUGAAGGCCUCAGCAGCGACAGCAGCCGACUUGGUUUUGCGCGUGCUCAGCGCCGUGUAUUUGCUGCCGGCUGACUGCCCAGUGGAGGUGGUGGCGUGCUUCGACGCUCUUGAGGUCCCAGUUGUGCAUGCGCCCGAGGAACUCAUUGCCGCGGCUGUCGAUGUGCACGGGGAGGACGUGGCGCGGGUGAUGACACCUGCACAAACACGGGCGCUUCUGCGUGAUGUGGAGCCGCCUGCCAUCCAGUCAAAACUCUCAUCACAGCAACAGCGGCAUCUGCUGGCGUAUGUGCUGUCGGAUUGGGACUGCGACACCCCACCGGCGCGAUUGCGGGCGAUGCAGGGCGUGCCGCUGCUGGUGGACGAGGCAGGAGGCGUCAAGCGGUUUGAGGAUCCCGAAGACGCACGUGACGGCGAUGAUGACGCGAGCACGGCCCCGGACGGUGCGGAUAUGGGACACGACACAGCGGCACAGUUUCUGGUCCUCCUCAACGGGGAUUCACGCAUGCGUGGGCUGUUUCGUGCGGUGCCCCACCGUGUCGUCGCGAGCUGGUGUAACGAUGUAGGCAUUGCCUGGUUCUUCGAGCGCAUUUCGGAGCUGGAGCUGUUUGACGCGCGCGUGCUGUCGCUGCACACGGCAGCCUGUCUUGCCUCCACGGUGAUGGCGGAAGCGCUGCGGCGUACCCCAAAUCCCGCCAGCGAUGCCACGAGACGCAAUGCGGGAACAACGGCUCACGGCCGUGACCCACACCAACGCCCUUUGUCGUGUGGAGGUGUGCCGAUGAAGGACUGGGUGAUUGUUUCUCCUGUGCCAGGCCGUGCAGUCGCACAAGGUAAUGCACACGGCAGUGUCAGCGGCACACGCUCAGCGCCCGUCCCCGUUGCCACGUGGCUUGAUCAGUUUUGGAACGUCAUGUCGACAAUUGCCCAAAGGGAGCGCGGAACACAGCGGCAGCAGCAGCCGGAGCGUGUGCUGCCACGCUUGGUUCGGGAGCUGGCUGGCUGCACGAUUGUGCCCUGCAGCGAUGGAUGCAUGCGUGCCCUUGACGCGCGAGAAUCACCAGUGGUGCUAUCCAUGCCAUACCUCUUGGACAGGGCCGCAGUGCGCGUCCUCACAGACACACUGGGCUGCACGACGCCGCACACGGCUGCUGCGAGCACCAUUCGCUCCUUGACGGCAACAUAUGACCACCGACUUCCACGUCAGCAGCACCGGCAUUCACAGCAGCCAGAACCGCAGUGGCCGCUUUCUGGGAUUCACCCGGGGACCGUCAGCGGGGUCGCCGUUGCCCUGCUGCACGCCACGAGGCAGCGAGCAGCCAGACACGAGGGUGAUGAGAGCACAACGGCUCCGUUGGCGCCUGUGUUUGCCCGCGCCAAUGUGUCCGAUGCGGACCGCACGUGCGUGAUGCAGGCGUUUGCCCGUCACACGCAGGCCCUGAGCGAUGACGCUUGCACAGCUCUCAAGCAGCUGCCCCUGUUCAUGCUCGCAAACCGAGCGCACACUUGCAGUGGUGUACACACUCCCAGCAGCACCGCACCAACCGCACCAGUAACCGGCACAGCAGAGCCUCAGGUUGCUGCCCCUGCAGUGGCCCCAUCUGCAGCAGCGACAAGGUCACAGCCGCCGGUAACAUCCGGGGCGCGCACAACAGCAGUGGGCCGGACUGGAUCAGCGCCGUUAUCGGCACGGUCCCGCGUUGGACCUGACGGUGGUGGUGGUGUUGAACGUGAACUCGUGUCCACGUCGGCCUCGCAUGCACGUGCCGACAGCACACUGCGCCCCUCGUAUGCGUCCGCUGCAGCGAAAACCCAGGAGCAAACACAAUGCCACCCACGUGCGUUCUGUACAUUGCAGGAUAAGACGGCGCGUGUUGCCCCAAGUGGCACCGCGGACGUACAGGACCUGUGUGACGACUCGCUCAUUGCGUGCCAUGAUGAGAGCACACGGUCGUUGCUGCAAAAACUGGGCUGCACCAUGCUUGACCACGAGUCGUUUGUCGAGCACAUGUUCGGCACCACGUACGGCGCGCUGCCAACCAGCGACCGCUUGCGUGUUCUCAGCUUUGCCAUCACCCGUACCACGAGUGCCGCUGCCUCGAAGAACUGGCUGGCACGAGUCCUGAACGAAUGCCCAAGUGCCGACGAAGAAGGUGGCGCUGCGGGCGAGGGUGGUGUCAUGGCGGGGCGCGUGCCCAAUGGGGCCGGCGUUUUGUUUCGGUUGAACGAGCUGCACGACCCGCGGUGCACAGCGGAGGUGCGGACGCUGCUGGGAGGCGAUCAUCUCUUCCCACAUCCCUCGUUGCGUGCGUCGGACGAGGUGCUGGACGCGCUUUACGAUGCUGGUCUGAAGAAGAAGCCAGACUGUGCGACCAUCAUGUUUGCGUGUGCAGAGCUGAGGCAACAGCGCGCUCGCAAUGACAGCGCCGCAGACGCCGAGAGUGACCACGCAGGCGCAGCUGACGCUGGACGCGCUGGCAGUGGCCCUGGCGCUGAGGCCUCCAAUGAUGAGGGUGGGCAGGAUGGUGUACAGAGCACGAGCGCCACCCGCCCAGCUAACCUGCGCGACUUGUGGCCCCGAGAGACGAUGCUGCUGCGCCUGUUGAACGAGCGCAUGAGCGAGUACAUGGCACAGGCAAAGAGCAACAAGUGCGAGCGAGAGUUUAAGUCUGAGCUGCUCACGACGCCGUGCAUUCCCGUGCUGAGCAUGCCACCGCUCCCACACCUUCCGUGGAAAUCUGACAGCGACGACAGCCAUGCAGCCGAUACCACCAUUGGUGUGGUGAGUGCCACUGGUGAUAGGAAUCCUCUCAAUGAUGCUGCUGAUGACGACGAUGGUGAUGACGACGAUGAUGGUGGUGAUGAACACGGGACACAGGGCAGUGAGGGAUCGCAUCCGUACAUGUCAUCGUGUGCGACACCCGAGCAGUGUCGGAACCGAGAUGCAGCGUGGGUGCUGGGCGGUUCGUUUCUCAUCUCCGCCAUUCAGCUGAAGCCCGAUGUGGCCCGCACGUUUGGCUGGGAGAAUGAACAGCUUCCCUUUGACAUCAUCUGUCGCCAGCUGUGUGGGCUCAGGGCAUUUGUGCACGCGCACACGUGGCAACGCCUGCAGCCGCAAGGUGAGCGGCGAGAAGAUGAUACUCGCAUCUCUGACAACCGCGGUGACACGGCUAACACCAGCAUCGAACGACGCCAACACGCCACCGGUCCGACCACGGCCAGCAUGCUCCCGCCAUACCUUGCCGUUGAGCGUGAUCCCGAUGACGCGGUGCUGGGGUGUGUUGGCGCCGCGUGUGUGCAGCUUUACGCAGCCCUGCUCUCGCAUCCGCUCGACCGCUACAAGGCCGAUCUCUGGGAGGAGCUUGUGUGGACUGGGUUUGGGUUUGUUCCACACACGCGUGUGUACCAGGGAGACGCGCCCUUUCCUGUUGAGCCGUAUGCAUUCACUGCUGCUGCUGUUAGCAAGGCAUUGCAGGAUUCUGUCCCUGCUGUGGAGCAGUUGGUGACACGGGCGCACGACGACGGGCUUGGGAUGUGUGCACCUGAUGCCACAACAACGGUGGCGGCGCUGCGUCGUUCACAGGUGACGGAGCACCUGCCGCGCAUGUUCCACUUUGCGCGCGAGUUCAAUGUCAGCACCUGUACGGCUGCAUUGGAGGCCAUGCGGGGUGAGCUUGCAGCCGAGUCCGCACAGCAGGCGGGCACCAGCACAUGCACGCGCCUGGCGGCCGCUUAUGGGCGCGACUUUCGUCACUCGCGUGAUGUUGUGCGGCAGGUCGAUGACACGGUGCCGGGCACCUGUCUCAGUGGUGCACGACGGGCUUUGGCCAUUAGGCUUGUGCGUCACGCGGUUUCGCUGUGUGACGGCGUAGCGCAGUCUGUGCCCACAACGCUGCUGGCUGUGACCAUGCGUGGAUCCCUGGUGCCGGCCAACGAGCUUGUUUAUGACCAUCACCUUCUCCAGUCAAGGCAUAGCGAUGGUGACAGCGACGACACCGAUGAUGCCGAUGACGGUGCCGAUGACGGUGCCGAUGACGACACUGGCGGUGUAACCAGUGCCAUCGGCGAGCAACAAACAGCGCCGUCAACAGUGGCAGCUGCUGGCUCACGGCAUGUUGGCGGUGGUGCGACGUCCUCGAUGGCGUUUUUGUGCGAGGAGCUGCUGGAUGUUGCCACCGAGCUGGGUGUGCCAUCGCUGCAGGAGUUCAUCAACGCCACGUCUGCCGUGAUGACGCUGCAUCACUUGAGCAGUCUGCCGCAUGUGCUGGCGUCCGAUGAUGCCAGCGGUGUGGACGUGGCUGUGCCGCCGGCACUUGCAGGGCUCCUUGACAUAGCCGAUGCCAUUGGGGAGCAAAACAUCAAGCUGUUCUUUGACACGACACAUUAUCCCGCGCAACACAUGCUGCAGCCAAGCUUUUCGCAGGGCCAGGGCCCAUCGCUGGUGGUGGUGUUGCCGCGCCCGUUAAGCCGCCGCGAUGUGGAGAACAUCAUCAAUCCACGCGUGGCGCACAGCGUGAGUGGCAUCUUCAAGCACCCACCAGAGUGUGGCGGUCUGUGGAGCUCAAUGGCGGUGGCGCAGAUGGUGGCCGUCCUCUCGGGCAACUCGCUGCACGUCGUGGGGCCCUUGGCUGACGACGAGCGCGCACGCUUCUCGUCAUCAGAUGCCGCAGCCAUGCCACCGUUCCAUCGGGAGCCAGUCGAGGGGCGUGUGUACGACUUUGUAACCAGUCCGCUUCUUGUGUCGCGCUUCAGAGAUCAGUUUACACCAUUUGCGCCCUUUGGAUUCGACCCCAACGGCGGUGAUGGUGCUGGUGGAGAUGCCAGUGCAGAUGACUCGAACAGAAACCCCAGCAACAAUGGUGGUGCGCAUGGGCUUGCCCCCUUUGAUGGCACCAUCAUUCGGCUGCCGUUGUUGGAGGAGUACCGGGAGUGUGCAGAGGGGUGGAUGAGUCAACUCCGUGAUGUGGCAAGCUGUCUCAUGUGCAGGUUCAUGCACCUGCGCCAGCUGACGUGCUGCCGUCACUUGGGCGGUUCCCAGGAGCAGUUGUUGUUCAGUGCCUCUGCAAUGACGCUUGCCGAAGGCAGCACGAGCAAUCCACGCGCGAAGCUGCUGCAGGACAGCCGGGCACAGCUUGGCCAGCGGACGAGCGGUGUCACGGGGCUCUUCACCCGCGCCGUCAACCUCCAGCAGCGCUACAAGGUUAUCGUGAACGUGAUUGUGCGGCAGCCGCAGCCAACAAGCAGCGAGCUUGCCCAUGCCCCAAGUGGACAACAUCAGGUGCACGCCGCCCACGCUGUGUCGCAGCAGGCCCAGUCGCAAGAUGUGCUUGUGGAGCAGCAGGGGCUGGCGCAGCCCGGCGCGGAACAGGCUUCGCCGCCUCGACGACGACGGGCCGCUUCGGCAAGUCGCCAUUUGACGGUGCGACACAGCUGGGAGGUGUUGGAUACGGUUGCACUCGGCGACUGCAAGAGCGAGGGCUUGAUGACCUACAUGCAGCAAACGGGGGCGCUUCCUCGCGCUGCUGUUGCGCUGCUCACCCACGCCACCGUCGACAACGGUGGCCGUGGUGGCAACAAACGGCCUGCCGUUGGCAGCGAGCGCAUGUGUACGAUUGGUGGCGAACGGGGCCUGCUGCUGUCGCGUCGGCUGGAUGCAGUGACGCUGCCAGUGCCGGCGCUGCUAUCUGGUGCCUUUACUGCGGUGACGCUGAGCGACUUCGUGCACGUGCAAACUCAACAGCAGUCGGGUACACUGACGGUUGGUCAGGCAACGGAGCAGUUCAACGCAGUUCUGCUGGACGUCGCCUUCCGGCAGUACAGAGCAUUGCUGGUGGAGCUGGCGCAACAUCGCCAGUUUGAACAGAACCCAUCGGCGUACUAUGAGCUGUGGCCGCUGCUGGCGCCAGCACCAGAGCCACAGGAGCAACAGCAGCACCAGCAAGCGCAGCACGAACACGAGCAGGAGACGCGGCCGGUGCGUGUUGUGUGCCGUGUGGUGGAGCAGCACAUCAACGGGAUGCUGACUGAGCUGGUGAAGUGCGAUGUGUUCUUCACGCCAGCAGGCAAGCGCGGCAAGAUCCACGAGGGGCUCAUCUUGUCCCGGGCCCCUGGGCGCCAGCUUGGUGCCUACAUUGACAAACACUUUCCCAACACACUGCAGUUGCCGCGAACCCUGGCGCAGCAGCUCAAGUCCAUUGCAGCAGCAGCAAGGACCUCCAGCCGAUUUAGCUUUUCUGCGCUGCUGUCGUCUCGAGAUCGCAUGCACGAGCUGAACGGUCGGCAGUUGAGCGACCAUCUUCGGAAGCGGAACAAAUCGCCGACACAGAUGGAGCCGGACGCAGGCAACCGCGUGCUCUUGCUGGCACAGAUGCUCCGGUUCAUUGCGCAAGACGAGCAGUCACAGCAGGGCCCUGCCGCGCUGAUGGCAAAAGGCCUGAAGCUUCUGGUGCUGGGAGGACGGCGCAGUGGUUUGAAGUUUGGUCGGCGCCCAGCUUUGCAUCUCAAGCACAUCAUCCAAGGGGCUGUGGCUGCUGCGUUUGGGUUUCCGAUGAACUGGCUCCAUGAAACUUUUUCCCAAGAGCUGGGGCAAGCAGUGACUUCAUUCCCAGCGGGAUAUGAUGUACAUGAAACGCUGACACCAGCGCUGUUGGCUGUGCUGCUGCGCCAACAAAUGCCAAUGUGGCUGUGGCGCGGAACCGAGGCUGACGUGGACACCCUGGACCGCGAGGAGCAAGAAACAGUGCAGCGCAUCCUCCCCGGCCUCAAGCUGCUGGUGCAUCACAUCAACGGAUGCACGGUCACGUACGUCAACCGUCAACGCGCGGCUCAAUCGCGAACGGAAGUGGAACAGGACACGCUUGUGGAAGAAUGGGUACAUCCCCUCAACGACUUUGUCAUCCUUCCGACACAAGACAACGUGGUGUUGCCGCUGAGCGCACGCAGCACGGUGCUUGAACACGCUUCAACCAUGCCCAGUGAGCUUGUUGCUGCGCUCAACAUUGUGUGUGGAGUGCACGUGUUGGGCGAUGACGUCUUUGUGGAUGAUGCCGGUGACCAGCGUGCCCCAUCCAUGCUGUUCGGAAGACCCGCCCCCGCACAAACAACGGAGCACGAGACAGCGGCCUGGGCGGAGUAUGUUGUGGAUCGGCUCGCCGCCUGCCACGCGUUGCAGCAGCUCUCGCGUGACCGAUGCGAGCAACACUCGGCCGAGUGCGACGUGCUGUACCAGCACUUGUGCCGCGUUGCGCAUUCACUACAGAACACGAGCGCCAGCCUGGACGGGCUGAAGCAGCUGCACAUCUUCAAGAGCUGUGCCGACACGUUGCUGAGUGCUGCCGAGGCUGCCGGUGUCGCGAGUGCAGAGACGCGCGCGGCACAGCUCGCCGACGAUGCCGGAGUCCUGGUGGCCCAUGAUGCUCGGGCUCAGCAGCUGUAUGACCUGCUCGACAUGGAGAUGCAAUCGCUGCCCAGUCUGUUGGAGUAUCGCAUUGCGCCGCAGUUUGAGGCGCUGGGCCACGACGAACAGCACACCAUCAUGGACCAGGCCCUGGGCGAGUGGGACGCCUGCCGAGCGAACGCGUCAACGUUUGUUGAGCGAUUGCAGUCUGCGCCCUGCUUUAAGACGGCGCAGGGCGAUUACCGCCGGGCGAAUGAGCUCAUGCACCCCGAUUCACCAAGCGACAAGGUGCAGCUUGCGUGUCGGUUGGCACCGGCUGGCACCAUGUGUGCUGACACGUACCCGCUCCAGCGCUGGCAGCCGCUGCUGCAGACAGCAGGCGCGCUCAUUGACGACGGCCCACAGACCAAUAUGCAUCUGUGCAUCAUUGUCCACGACUGGUGGAACAGGUUUGGGGUUCAAGGCACUGACGCUCCUGAGGAGGGAGACGAAGGCGAGGAGAACGAUGAAGCGGUGGGCAGUGGCGACGUGCCUGACCGAGACGUCUGCAUCCAACUCAUGAAUCUGAAGGGCCGCCUGACGGGCUGCGCUGUAAAGUCCCAAUUGGCCUCUCGUUCCCUCGCGCAGCGCACACAGAUUGCGUCCCCCUUGUUAUCAGCGUGGGCGGCUACGGCUCGUGAUUUGACGCGUGCAGCCUGGUCUGAACUGAGGACGCGCCGCUUUGUGUUUGCGACCGAUUCACAAGGAACAGCAACCAUCUGCAACUAUCGGGACUGCUGCUUGAAGAGCGAUGAGAGGCUUGCUGGACUCGUGGUGCCUGUGCUGGAGGAGGACCACACGCCACCGCAGACAGUUCGCCAGCUGCUGGGCAUCAAGUCGCCGCCGCCGCCAGAGACGAUUGUUCAACAGCUCGCUCGCCUGCCCAUGAGCCAUCUGCCAUGGCGGGACCAAAAGGACGUGGUGGUUGCCUGCCUGGAGCACUUCCAAGCCAUGAUGGAUUCGAACGAUGGGCACCUGUCGCGCGACAUCGUCUCGCAGCUGAAGCGCCUCCCACUUCUCCCGUGCAACAGCCAGCUUGUGCCCGCCCAGCGUGCCUACUGGCAAUGCGAGCGCAAGCUGGCGCCGUUUGUGCAUGAGGUUCCGCGCGAGUACAGCAGAUUCAAGACACUGCUGACGGCCAUUGGCGUGGAAGACCGCGUGACGGUACAAGGGCUGGCCAGCGCGGUGGAGGCGAUUGCGGCUUCGAGCCGCGGGCGCGUGUUGACGCCAAACCAGCUCGUGGGCGUGGUGACUGUGGUGCAGCACAUGGUGGCGCUGUCUGCAGCAGAAACCCGCGACCUCCCCAACCUGCGCUUGCCGAGCGCGUCGUCGGUCCUGGUGCCCAUCAACCAGCUCGUCUUUGCAGACAAUCCGCACCUGCUCACGCGCGUGGACCUGUCCAAGGCAAGGCUCGUGGCCACGUCGCAUGUGGUGCCGGAAAUCCUGUGCCGCCCGCUUGACAUUCCGUUCCUCAGCGACAUUUGCCACACCAAAGUGCGCGCGCGCCCCAGCAGUUGCGAUGAUGGUGACAGCGGAGGCGGCAGGGUGCAGCGUUUCCGCAUCACGGAGGACCACGCACGUGUCAUUGAGACGCUGGUGUACCGCCACCACGGCGACGUUGUGCCUGGGCAGUCGUUGCGUGUUCUCGCCAUGCUCUCCAGCCUUACGGUCCAGGAGACAGACCACAUCGAAUUCAAAUGUGAGGUGCGACUGCCAUCGUCAUCGCACCCUGUGGAUGUGCGCAGAGGUGGACACGAACUGCCAUACUUUCUUGAUCAGGCAACAAAGACCAUCUGGGUCACAGCCAGCGCAUGUGCCAUUGCUGACCCCUACGAGCUCGCUGCCAGAUGCCUUGCUGAGUCGUUGACACCAGGAAGUGGCCUUGCUAUCGGUCCGUUGCUGCGGGCAACUACGCCUGAGCAGUGCACCGAAAUCGCCCAUCACCUCGGCAUGAUCCCAUCGCAGGACGGCUCGCAUUUCGGACGCGCCGUGCCGGGCCACCGUUUGUUGGAUAUCGACGCUGCGCAGCUCAAAUCGAGCGAUGAACACGAUUUCUACUUUGGCGAGAUGAUUGCUGUUCGAAAGGACGAGCACUUUGUGUACGCUCGGGUCACACGUGCCCCAAUUCCCGCGCGUGAACUGGAGAGCGGCGAUGCCGUACAGGCGGUGCCCGCGCUCACCGUGGACAUUGGCGGGCAGCUGCAGCGCAUGCUGCCCACGGAGGUCCAGGUGUUCUCGACCAAGUUUGGCGAGGAUGGAGUGAGCGCGCCUGACACAGGAGCCGGCCACGAUGUGGGGAACACGCCAGCGGCCUCCAUCACGAGCGGUGCACGUGGCAAUCAAGACACGUCGGAGUUUGUGUUGCUGGUGAAGGAUCUGAUGCGACAACGGAACGUGCGGGCCACCGAACAGGAGUUUGACCUGUUCAAUCAAGCCAUCAACGUGGAGGACGAGAACGAGAAGCUGCGUCGGCGGGUUGCUGAGCUGGAGACGCAGCAGGAACAGCUCCAGUUACAGCAACGACAUGGCACAACCACCUGCCCCGUCUGCCUUGAAGGCCCAGGGGAUGGCGCGACAUUGGACCACGCGCUCGUGCCUUGUGGCCACUUGUACUGUGCAGAAUGUGCCGAGCACUUUCGGGCGGGCCGGCCCUGUGCCGUUUGCCGCAACUACAGCACAACUGUGCUGAAGCUCUUCCUGUAG